AUGCAGUUUGGAGCUUAUAUUCCGGACCACAAAGACGGCGAACUCCUGCCUGGACUAUUUUAUCUAUCUGGGCUAACAUGUACUCAUGCAAAUUUUAUGGAAAAGUCAGGCUUCCAAAAACACGCGAGUGACCACAGAAUGAUUGUUGUACAUCCCGACACAUCUCCUAGAUCUGUGGACAUUCCUGGAGACAGCGAUUCUUGGGACUUCGGCAAAGACAACUAUAAAAUGUACAGUUAUGUCAGCAAGGAGCUCCCAGAAGUUGUGAAGAAAGUGCUUCCAAUUGACAUUGCCAAAUUAGGAAUAUUCGGUCAUAGCAUGGGAGGGCAUGGUGCUAUUUCAAUAGGAUUGAAACAUCCUGACCUGUUCAAGUCGAUCUCAGCGUUUGCUCCAAUCUGUCAUCCUAUGAAUUGCCCAUGGGGCCAGAAGGCACUGAAGAACUAUCUUGGUACUGACACAAAAACAUGGGAGCAGUACGAUUCAUCGCUAUUGUUGAAAACCUACAACGGCCCUUCGAGAAAGAUACUUAUUGACCAGGGUGCUAGUGACUCAUUUUUGUCAGCUGGCCAACUGCAACCAGAAUCGCUGAAGUCGACUGGUUCAGUGACGGUGGAAGUAAGGACCCAACCCGAGUACGAUCACAGCUACUAUUUUAUCGCUACCUUCAUUGGAGAUCACUUUGACUUCCAUGCUGCUGCAUUAAAGCAGUAG